AUGGCUAGUGGACUCGGUCAACGGCCACUCUCCGAAGUGAGCCCAAUGGCGCAGAGGCGCAACUCUCCUAUCUGGAAUCAGACUUCCCAGACCCCGAAUGGCGAGUCGCCUGCCUACGAUAUCUCCCCCUUGAACAAUAAUUCCUCUCCACGACGCUUCUGGAAAGGUCGCGAGUCCCCAUCUCCGUUCCCUAAGGGGGCGGAGAAUCUCGCGCCCUAUAACCCCGAAGGUGUCUACCUCCCGACAAGGCGCCCAUCUCUCGAGGAUCUUAAGCGCGUGUCGCGCGUCAAGAACCAUAGCAUGUUCCAGGGUGGCCAAGAAUAUGACCCUGCGCAAGUGUCGCUUCCUCAUAGGCCUUUGGCCACUGACCGGUCCCCGCACCGAGAUAGUCAGAUGAACCUUGCCAAAUCUCAACUCGCCGACGAGUAUAGCACGGAUCCACCUUCGAGACCAGUCUCACCCAGCAAAGAUCAACCUUCACCGGGAAAAUCUUCGUUAUCGAAGGGCAGCCGAUAUGGCAAGGGUUUUGACCCGCAGAAUGAUAUUUGGUCUGAGUAUGACAGUGCUGGCCACCGCCAUGCAAAGAGUGUGACCUUUGAUGUUGCCCCUCCUCAAGUGAAUGAGUACGAAAUGACGACCCCCGACCCCUCUUCUCUCGCCUCCGGCUCGCGCGAGAACAGCUAUGACUCCGAGGAGGAGGGUGACAUCAGCUUUGAACAUGAAUCGUCUAUCGAGCGGGAUGACAGCUUCGACGCAUCGCUUGAAGAUACUGAAAAGACACCUGUCGUCUUGCCUGAAGACUGGCGUUUCAUGAGCCCUGGCAGUGAAGACGGCGACGAAGACUCCUUCACUGAGGACAUCGAAGAUCACCACGCUGGGGAGCGCCCUGUAUCGCGCGAAGGUGAUUCCACGAGCCACACACGUGUUGAGUCCUUGGAUUCUAAUGGAGAACGACGUCCAUUGCCUCCUUUACCCUCGGUAUCACGCCUGUCUCUCUCAAACCCAUCCUCACCUAGCAAGCUUGCCGCUGCUUUCGAGCUGGGCAGUGCUGGUCAGCACACCAUACCUACCGCACCUGCUGCUUCUUACACCAAGUCCGAUAUCAAUGGUGCAAUGUCUCUUGAGGACAGACUCCGACUUAUGAUGCUUCAGGAGCAGACCGGUGACAAAAACACCAAAAGCGAAGAGGACGGCAGCGAAAAGUCAGCGAAGACCACUAUGACUGUUGACGACACUGCCUGCGGUACCGAGGAUGGUAUUCACGGAAACAAACUUUCCAAGGAAGACGUCUUCUCUCCUCCUCGAAUCUCUCGCGACUCGAUUUUGAGAGACAUUCGCAAGAGUGAGAGCUACGAUGAUGAUAUCUUUGGUGAUGACUCCCAAAUUGCAUUGAGCCCCAACCCCUAUGAGCAUUAUGAUCCCGACAUUCCUAUUCCAUCGUUGGAGGAUGAUGAUGACGAUGACUCUUCCAGCGUGAUCAUUAAGGAGGAAGCCCAUGAUGACGAUCUUUACGCGAUUACCGACUACUAUCAGCACCUCUCCGAUAACAGUCUGUCAUCCAGGGACCAGAGAGCUAGGUAUGAUGAGGACAGCAACUACUCCCUCCGCUCUGCUGCGGAAGCGGCUGGAAACGAUGCUGCCAAGGGUUCUGGCGAGACAACCCCGACUGCUGAAGAGUCGAAGGAACCUCCCUCCCAAGAGACACAACAGGGUCCUCAGCUUCCUGAGUUGGCUGAGAGCCAGCCCCUUAACAUGGCCUCAAUCCGCCAGUCAUUGGGUGGCCCCUUGACUCCGGAGAUCAAGGAAGAGCCUAUUUCAGAGCCCUCGACCCCCGAGUCUGUGAUUCGGCACCCCAUUGGGGAUGAUGAAGAGCAGGAAUAUGAAGAUGACACUGCUAGCUCCGAGGAUGAGGCGAUCCCGGAACCUGUGGCGACUAUUCGUGCCCCUGGUGCUGGCCUCAAGACCCGGCCAUCACUUACUCCGGCUGACCUGGAGUCCAUGGCUGCGACUCGUCGCAAAAUCAGUGGCCAACACCCACCUCCCAUGCAAGCACUGACAAAGCAAAUUUCAAACGAGUCCGAGAAGUCUGAUCGAGAGGAUAAAAUAGCAGACCUGCCACCUCAGCUCACCCUGCCCUCCAACCCAACUCAGCGACAGUCCAGCCUGAUGCAACUGGACAUCCCAUUCAGCAUUCAAGAAGAAAGCCUUGGGUCCGGCCUGACCAAGGAAUUUGAUCGCGUGAUUGAGUCCCAAAAGGUUGCAUUCCAGCUCGCUCUUUCCCAACUUUCUUCCUGCCCUCCGCCGGUUCCCCAGGCUCAAACCCAGCCGGCCCCCCAAACCUCCGGAUAUUCCAAUUCAGGCAUUGCGGCAGCACCCGCUAACAACUUCUAUUUUAAACAGAGAGGCUACCUCAUGAGACAAAACACGAAGGUCGUCAUUGCCAGCAACCGCAAUGAAGAGGAAACCGCUCCCCCUGCGGAGCAGGACACGCAGGAUCCGCGAGGUACGCGUUCCGCUGGCUCCUCGCCUCGCAAAGCCAGCCAGCAGACCUGGACAACAGUCCCAUGGAAUGGCCAGACGCGCCGUCCAAGUGUUAAGAUGGCUGGUGGCGGCAUCCCUAAAAAGAAGCCUGUUCCCGGAUCAAUUCCUCCGCUUCCUGGCCACCAGAGCAACGUGCAAGAGCCUCAACCCACGAUCGACGAGAAUGAACCUCUGAUGAACGAUGCAUUCGAAGACGGAGAAGAGCGUGGUCGCCUAUUCGUCAAGGUUGUCGGCAUCAAAUACCUUGAUCUCCCUAUGCCUCGUGGAGAGCGCUCGUAUUUUGCGCUCACCUUGGACAACGGCCUUCACUGUGUGACAACGUCGUGGCUCGAGUUGGGCAAAUCAGCUCCUAUCGGGCAGGAGUUUGAGCUAAUCGUGCAAAAUGACCUCGAGUUCCAGCUUACCCUCCAAAUGAAGGUUGAUGAGAGCAAGUUCUACCCGCAGGAAACUGCCGGCUCUCCGCGCCAGAAGGCAUCCGCCCUUAGCCGUGUCUUUGCGUCGCCUCGCCGCCGCAAGGAACUCGAUUUGAAACAGCAAAUGCAGUCGCAACAAGAAAAAGCGAACAAUGUCAAUGCCCCCGUAUAUGAGAGACUCCGAAACUUGGUCGCUCGUGAUGGCAGCUUUGGUCGCGCCUACGUGGCCUUGAGCGAUCACGAGCAAAUGGCAUUUGGUCGCCCUCACACCGUCGAUAUUGCUUGCUUCAAUGAAUGGGCCGUGGACGAGCAGCCCAGUAGCGUGAAGAGCAAAAAGAGCGCGACUAGCGUGACAGCCCAGCGCCGCCCGCCUUACAAAAUUGGCAAGCUGGAGCUGCAGUUGCUGUUUGUUCCCAAGCCCAAGGGUAGCAAGGACGAGGACAUGCCCAAGAGCAUGAAUGCCUGCAUCCGUGAGAUACGCGAUGCUGAGAGCGUUGCUGCUCGCACCUGGGAAGGGUUCCUUUCUCAACAGGGUGGAGACUGCCCUUACUGGCGUCGUCGUUUCUUCAAGCUUCAAGGCUCGAAGCUGACAGCCUACCAUGAAACCACUCGCCAGCCCCGUGCUACCAUCAACCUGGCAAAGGCCUCCAAGCUUGUCGACGACCGCCCCUCUCUCACCCAGAAGGAAACUAGCACUAAGGGUGGUGGUCGCCGCAAGUCUGCCUUUGCCGAAGAAGAGGAGGGCUACAUGUUUGUGGAGGAAGGGUUCCGUAUACGGUUCGGCAAUGGUGAAGUGAUCGACUUUUACGCAGACUCAGCCGCAGACAAGGAUGGCUGGUUGAGAGUCAUGUCGGAAGCAAUCGGCAAAGGGUCCUCCAGUGGCAGCGGUGCGAUCAAGCCUUGGGCUGAUCUCGUCUUGAAGCGCGAGAGCAGCAUGAAGGCUCGACGUAAGACUGCCGAGCGUCUUUCCCCUACCGGCAUCCCUGUCGCCCCUGGGUCGCCUGUCGGAAAGAGAACCAGUAUGAUGGGAGCGCCACCGGCUUCAGCUGGAUCUGGGGCGCAGGCGCCUCCAUCCUCCCGGCCCCGACACAAGCACACCUUUUCUCAACCUGAGCUACCCAGCGCCGAAGCCCGCCGCCAGAAGACCCGCUCUCUCAUGUUCUAA